GGACCGGAUAUAGUUCGUUUGUUUUUUUUUUGAAGAAAAGAACCGCGUAAAGUGAUCACUGUUUGUGUCCAAAUUGCUUACGUUUACGUACUGUUUUUAAAGUGUCUUGUUUGUGAAGAGCGAUGUCUUGCAGAAGAGGAGCUUUGAUUGUGUUGGAGGGAGUAGACAAAGCCGGAAAAACCACACAGUGUCACAAACUCGUGCAGGCGUUACAGCAGAACGGACGAGCCGCAGAAAUGAUGCGUUUUCCCGAUAGAACCACUAAGAUUGGCCAGGUCAUUAGUGCAUACCUGGAGAAGAAUAAUAAUCUGGAGGAUCACACUGUCCAUCUGCUCUUUUCAGCAAACCGCUGGGAAAUGGUGCCUCUGAUGAAACAGAAGUUGGAACAAGGCAUUACUCUAGUGGUGGACCGCUAUGCAUUUUCAGGAGUGGCUUUCACUAGUGCCAAGCCUGGCUUCUCUCUGGAGUGGUGCAAGCAUCCAGAGGUGGGACUUCCAAAGCCGGACCUGGUAAUGUUUUUGCAGCUAUGUCCUAAUGUUGCAGCAAACCGUGGAGAAUAUGGAAUUGAACGGUAUGAAACGAGUGCUUUUCAACGCAUAGUUCAGCAAAGGUUUGAAAAGCUCAUGGAAGAUCAAUCGGUCAACUGGAAGGUGAUUGAUGCUGCCAGGACCAUAGAAGAGGUGCACAAAGAUAUUAAGCUUUUGAGUGAGGACAUCGUCAGAUUAUCAGAGAAUCAGUCAAUUGGAGAUCUGUGGAGAUGAACAAAUCUCCAAUUGCUAUAGAAAAGGUUUUCAUAUAGACCUGAUUAAAAACCAAGUGAAUAAUUCAUGUAUUUUUACAUUUAUUGAUUAAAUAAAUACUCAUAAAAUAAA